UGGAGCCAUAAAGAGCUCGCUGUACCUGUCGUGCGCUCACAGGUCGAUCCGGUUCAAGUAGGUCUUCUUUCCCGUCCUCUUCUUUCGUUUCUUCCUCGUCUGUCGGCGCAAAAACCGGAGGAUCCUUCUGAUUGGCUGCAGCGGAGAACGCGCUCCUUCAGCCCACCCACCGCUCAUAAUCGGGACCUUUACAGUUUCAGUCGGUUUCCUUCCUCGCACUGAGUCUGUCUGGGACCUGGCCCCGGGGCUGAACGCACACGCACACACACACACAUACACACACACACACACAUAUACACACAAACACACACACACACACACAAAAACAGAGCGCGCAUCAUGGCAGCUACUCACAGCGAGUACAGAGGCUACCUGCGGAACACCGUCGACAUGGAGGCCGCGCAGCACCGCUUCCACCCGGUGCAGAGCUCGGAGCCCACGUACCGACCCCUCCUGUUCGGGACCCUCGCUGUUAUGGGAUUGCUUCAGGUGGCUUCCAGCGUGGCGAUCUUAUUACACCUGACAGGUUAUCUACAAGAGGUAGAUCUGUCCACAGCGCCGCAUCGACCCAUAGAGGAAGUGCAGACGGAGCCGGUGCUGAACGCUCUGAGAGACACGAGGAAGAACCGACGGUGCAAACCGUCCAAGGAGAGCCUGCCGUCAGCUCAUCUACCAAUCAAAACGCACCAGGAGUACUCAAAGAAAGAGGGUGAGAAGAAGGCCAUCACCAUCGACUGGGAAGAAGUGCACGCAUACCGCCACAAAAUGGGCUACCAGAAGGGGAAGCUUUUGGUGAUGGAGUCUGGUUUCUACUACGUCUACGCCAAAACCUGCUUCCGUUACUACACGUUAACACUGGACGACAGCAGCGGCCAGGCGGGCACCCCGCCGGUGGACGUCAGCAACACCCAGCUCAUCCAGUACGUUUUCCACGAGAGCAUCAAACAGAACAGCAAGGCCGUGCUGCUGAUGAAGGCGGGCAGCACCAUGCGCUGGAACAACAUGAGCUAUAACAUGUACUGCGCCCAGCAGGGCCGGGGCGUGCGGCUGGAGGAGGGCGACGCCCUGUACGUCAACGUGUCCAACGCCUGGAUGUUGGACCCGGCGGGAGACGGGACGUAUUUUGGGGCCAUAAAGUUGGGCAACUGAAAGUAAAACAACUGGGGAGCGGACAUGCUACUGAACAUUUAAUAUGCCAAAGAACCACUGAUUUCUAAUUUGUCAAAAUAAGUGUUUUAUUGUAAAUGUGUUUUUAUUUUGUUCUUCACCAAACAGCCUUGGAGUCUUUUUUUAUGAGACGCAUGGAAACAGGAAAUCGCCUUUCACAAACUCUUCAGGCACUUAAACCCCAAAUAUGAGACUCACCGCUCUCAAAUUAAUAGCACUGGACUAUUUUUAGACUUCUUCUAUCUUUGUAACAGACUUUUAUUUUUUAAUACUGUUUGCUGUUUGUUUUGGCGCUCGUCAAUACAGUUCAACAGUGACACUUUAAAGCGUAGACAUGUGUUUGUGCACUUCUUAAACAAACCAUAAAGGGAGAAGCCGAGGAAGUAAGUCAGCUGGCAGAAAGAGGCAGUGAGGAAGGAUUUAUCAACGUUGGGGGGAAGAAGUCGUAAAAGAACACUGUUGCGGACGCAGCAUCUGCUUGUACUUAGCAGAUUAUCAGCGGGGAAUAAAAACAACCAAACUCCCGGGUCUGACAGCGAAUGUUUUCCUGAAAGGUUUUGCAAGUGUGAAAAAGGCGUGCAAUGAGGCGUCCUCACGAUAAGUAACUCAACAGUAUGAUUGGAGAUAGGCAGCAAGAUUAGGAUUUAUAGCACCCACAACAUCUCUGAGGCGUCAUUUGAAAACUUAAGACGGCCAUCUUCAUCUUUGUUAGGCAAUGAAACCACUUUGAGAAAACCUUUAGGGGUCCAAAAUGUUCUAUUUCCUGCCUUAAAGGCAGGGUUGGUAAUUUACAAAAACUAACAUGAUUUUGAAAGCAGCAUUCCCUCAGUGCUCCGUCUGCACUCAUCCCCUCCCCUCUGUGCUCCCUCUAAAGCCACGCCCCCUCACUUACAUGCACGAGCGCCGUUGCUCCAGAAGUGGACCUCAGCUCAUGUUUUGAGUGUGGGUUCAUGCAUUCGGUAGAGAGCGAGCCAGGGAGGCGUGUGAUUGGUUCAUCAGAUUGGUACCUUGUGGCAGACAUUUGUUGAAGUUUUUACAGACUUACAACUGCUAAAGAUGACAGAUUUUCUUGGUUCCUUUUUCAGAGAACAUGAGUUAUUAAUGUCUGUCAGGACCUAAAGACAAUUUCAUCCAAAAUCUGAAAAAGUGGAUCUGGAGAAAAUUACCAACCCUGUCUUUAAUGAAAGCUCACGAGCGGCGUGCUUCACUGAAGGCGAUUUACUCGACGGUAUCAUUUACGAGUGCACGACAUGUGUUUGUUAUUUUUAUGACAAUCAACAGGCGACGCAGAUAGCUGGACUGUCUGACCACAAACGACACGAAGAGACUCUUUGUCGUCUUUAACCAGAGGAGCCAAAUUGAGUUUGGUUCAUCUUUAACUUAAAUUCUUUUGUUUUCAUUUGGCUCGUCACCGAGGCAAAGGGGAAUAUGCACUAAAAUAUUUAUUUAUUAGCCGAAGAAGUACGGAGUGAGGUCAUCGUUGGAGUGACCUUUUGGCUGUGGAAAUCAUUUAUAUUUUGUGUCUGUAUGACAUUCAUUACGCAGCACUUAGAGGAAAUAGUAGACACGCUUUUUGUUAUUCAAACACAGGGGCUUCAUUUUCAAUUCCAUAUUUAUGUAUCUCCAUUUUGACAAUUCUGUGUGCACUCGCCUAGCCAAAAGCAAUAUGGAUAUAUUGUUCCUUCUAUAAGAUUGUAGCAUACCUGUAAGAUAUUCAUCUGAUAGACCUUUUUUUUCCAUUCAGUGUUCUUUUUAUUUAUGCGUCUGUAUGUUUUAAUAAAAAAAAGUACUUUUGUAA